AUGUCCACCACCGCUACCACCACUAUUGUGAAUACUGAUGCCAUCCCUCUGACUGACUUGGUUGCGCCACCACCCGCACCCGUGGAGAACGACAACAUAGAAAAAAGUACCCUUGAGGCAGCCAGCAUUAUUUUCAUUCUGACAGGGGUCACAUUCAUCAGCGUCUCUGGCACGGGAAUUCUUACCACCGCUCUACCACAGAUCGCCCGCGAUAUCAACCUGGAAAAUGACCUCUUACUCUGGCCGGCAUCGGUAUAUGCUCUUGCCGCAGGGUGCACACUUCUUGCCUUUGGCGCCGUGGCCGACAUUGUUGGAUCCAAGCCUAUGUGGCUCCUCGGAAGUGGUGUCUCCUCGUUCUGGAUUCUGGGCUGUGGACUCGCACAGAGUGGCACUCAGUUCAUUGCAUUUCGAGCCAUGCUAGGCAUCUUCGUGGCCAUGUGCCUGCCCACUUCGAUGAGCCUUGUCACUGCUUCAUUUCCUCAGGGGCCAAGACGCAAUAUUGCCUUCGCUAUUACUGGCAUGGGUCAGCCCCUGGGUUAUGCAGCCGGGUUGAUCCUCGGUGGUGUGUUAACUGAUACUAUUGGUUGGCGCUGGGCUUUCUAUAUUACAACAAUCUUAAACUUCUUCCUCUUUAUCGCGUCAAUAUUUAUGUUGCCGAACACGAAGCGUACAAAAAUCUCAUUAAAUCGCCUAGUGAACGAGAUUGACUGGGUUGGGGUCUUUAUUCUCGCGGUCUCCCUAGGUCUAUUAUCCUAUGUAUUGGCGAUGAUAACUCUUAGCUAUUCGACAAUUGGUGAUGCGCAAAAUAUCACACUUUUAGUGGUAUCCGUUGCUCUACUUCCAACAUUUACCUUCUGGAUGCGCCGACAGGAGAAACGUGGACAGCCUGCUUUGAUACCGAACUCACUUUGGCAGAGUGUGCCAUUUCUAUCGAUAUGUAUAUCGAUGUUUUUCACCUGGGCAGCUUUUAACGCCUUUCAAUAUCAGUCUACUCUAUACUUCCAAGAUGUGCAGGACCUCUCAGCCCUCCAGGCUUCUAUUCGCUUCCUCCCAAUGGCGGUUGUGGGUGUUCUUACCAAUUCUGCGACCGCAUACUUGGUCACCAAAGUCGAAGUCCAUGUUCUACUGGGAGUCUCGGCAUUGAUAACUUCUGUUUCACCUAUUUUGAUGGCUCUUGCGAGCCCAUCCUGGACAUAUUGGACUGCGGCUUUCAUCGCAAUGACUUUGAGUCCGCUUAAUGGCGAUGUGCUCUGGACCGUCUCCAGUCUGAUCAUAUCUCGCUCUUUUCCAGGAAAGUCGCAGGCACUAGCUGGCGGAGUCUUCAACACAAUCUCUCAACUGGGCAACUCCGUGGGACUAGCAAUCACUGCCGCCAUUGCAGCCUCAGUGACGGCCCAUAAAGGCAGCUCUGCUUCUGAGGAGGUUCUUCUACUACAGGGUUAUCGCGCAGCCUAUUGGACCAUCUUUGCUGCUAUGAUCUUGGUUUGCUUUUCCAGUUCAAUUGGGCUGCGCCAGCUGGGUAAGGUUGGCAUCAAACGAGACUGA